AUGCGUCGCGCUGAUGCGCUGCUCGUUCCGCUGGGCGUGCCUCGAGCGCCGCCGCCCGUACCAGUGCCAGCGCCAGCCACAAGAAGCUUGGAUGAGGAGGAUGCGUGGUCGGACAGCGAAGACGACGACCCGGUAUGGUCCUCAACGUGGUUCCACGUCCCGCCACCGGGUCUGGACGAUGACGAGCCUACUCGAGGCCAUGCGUGCUUCGCUACGGGGCAUGCUGAUGGCACGGUGUCUAUUUACGCAAGGCACGCUGUGCGGGUCACGGACGUGCCGCCCGCGCCUGCGGAGCGGCCCCAAGGAGGCAUGACCCGCCGAGCGCACCGACGGCACCUCGAAAGGCUCGUGGCUCAUCUAUCGCCGCAUGCAUCCGAUGACGCGCCGCAAGCAGCCACGGUAGGCAUGUCGCAGGCCACGUCUGCGCCGGCUGAGCUGGAUGAAAACACGGCGCAUCAGGCGGAAGACUCGCUCGAGUCGCAGGCCUCCGGUGCGGUGCGUCACACGCCUCCUGCACCGACGUCCCGAUGGCCGCCACCGCCGCCGCGUUCUUCGCCGUCGCCACCGCCCACAUUCCUGCAGGAGACGAGCGCGCCGAUGGUGCCUACGACGCGAUGGACGCUGGAUGACGGCGUGUGGACGCGUCUCUUGCGCCUGCACCCCCAAGACGCAUCGCGCGUUUUGUCGAUGCACGCUCAAGACUCCUUUCUCAUCGUGUAUCAGGCGUCAGAGCGCCUGUCUGUCUGGGACGUGCGCACCAUGUCGCUCGUGGGCGAGAGUACGUGUCGCCGGCCUGCUGCCAUCCAUGCCUCGAGGGAUUUUGUGGUGCUGCACGGGCAGAGACUCGCCACCCUGCUGCGUAUCGACCGCGCCGCCCAGCGCCUCGUGCCAUGGGCCAGUGUGCCCCUGCCCAGCGCGAGUGCGCUGGCCUGGGACAUGUCAGCGCUGGCGUUUGUGUACACACGCGAGCACGAGGUGCGCAGCGUGUCCCUGAGCGGCACGGAGCGCGUGCUGGGCACCUUUGAGGGGCAGGUGGUCGAUUUGCUGCUCCGCGACACAUGGUACCUCGCCACGUCGGACCACGUUGUGUGCGCCGAUAUCACACAAGCGAUGCCCUCACCGGUCGAGAGACUCGUCGACCUAGGCUCGGCGACGGGCGUCGUGUGUGACAAGCACAUGGUGCACCUACGCUCGACCCUCCAUGUCGAGGAUCGGCCUACCGUGCCGCAUGUCGUCGUGCCGAUACCCGGUGCCCUCGCGGCGCCUCUGCUCCCGGCCUCGUGCGCCCCCGGGCCGCUGCCGUGGACAUGCGUGUGGCCGCAAAGCCUGCACCGCCUCAUCGUGGCGCUGUCCCACGGACGGGGUGUCGCGGACAUGUCGCUCGACGACAUGCUCAUGUCGACGUCGCCGGCGCCUGCGCCGGCGUCCGCAUCGCGCUGGGACAGUGAUGUGUCGCUCCUCCAAAUCGUCACGAAUCCACGCACAGGCACGCGGCACUUGCUCGGUGGAACACCCUGUGGCGACGUGGGCGUGUGGAAUGCAUCGACGCUGCGUCUCGAGGCUGCAUGGUCGUGCUUCACUGCGCCUGUACAGACGUUUGUGCCGCUCACAGGUCUCGCUCCGGCGUCGCGGUUCUUUGGGUGCGUCAUGUGCGUCGCGAGUGACGGCACCGCGGCGCUCUUGGCCCUCGAUGACGUGCGCCUCGUCCACCUCUUUCCCUCGGCCGGCGCGCUCACUCACGUCGCCGUGCGCGAUCAUGCCAUGGCGCUGGUCUAUGCGGACGCCGUGCACUCUUGGGACAUGACGACAGGGCAUCUCCAGCGCACGGCCGUCGUGCCUGAGCACACCUGGCCGCUCUCCGAACGCACCGUGCCUUCCGGCAUGCUGGUGCCGAGCGGGUGUGCGGACGCCUCUGCCGUCCUCCUGGCCAACGUUCAUCGCGCCAUGGAUGUCGCGUGUCGACACCUGCAUGUGUCGCUCGACGCCUGCGAACGCGCCGUGCUCGCAUCGGUGCCGCUGCCACCGCCUACCGUGCGCGACGCCGACGUGCUGACGCCCAUCAUCACUGUGCUUGCGCCGCUGGAGCUGGACCCCGUGUUCCGUCUCGGGGCGGCCACGACGACGACGCCAUUGGUGGGCUACGUCUCGGGCCACACUGUAUGCCUGCCGUGCGAUGCGGCCGCUCACGUCCGCUUCACGACGAGCCCCGAGGCCACAGCCGAGCAUCUCGUGCUGACGACGGCCCUCGGCCUCUUGUACGCGGCAGCCGUCGACGCACAAGCGGCACAGCAGCUUUUGCAUGCGCUGCUGACGCCCGCCUUCAUGAGCCGCAUCGUGCGCCCGGCCUCGUUCGUGUUUCCGUCGCUGCCGCGCAUCGCUCACCUCGUGCUGGACGACAACGAGGCGAUUCGUGCCGCCGCGCGCCUCGUCUUUGUCACGUACGCACGCGCCGCGCCGCCUCAUGUGCUGGCGCACCUCGAGCACGUAUGGGCCCCGCACCUGCCCACCGUGCCGCUCACGGAUGUCGCCCGCGUCGAAGAAGAGGCCGUCCUGGUGCUGGGCCUCGUGUGCUCAGAGCGCUAUGCCUACUUUCCGCCCGCGCUGCUCCGCCACGUCGCGCGGCUCGUGCUCGCGUUCCUUGCGCAUGCCACGCCAGGAACGCGACAGGCGCACAUUGCGCUCGAGCUGUGUGCCGGGUGCCAUGUGUGGCAGCAUUACAUUGACACGGUCGAUCUCGUGCGGCGAAUAUUCUGCCUAGCGACGCAGGACGAGGGCCAUGGCCUGCGUGGCCUUGCGCGCCGCGCGACGCUCGCACUCGCGGAAAAGCACAGUACGCUAUUCAUGAGCACGCUGGCUAUGGACAUUUUGCACGCGCCGUCCGUCGAGCAGAGCCAAGUGACGCAGCGGCUCGUGGCGUUCAUGAUCCACCAAAAGCCGCUGGUCUUGUACCCCAGCCUGCCGCGCCUUGCAGAGGCAGUCGUGCGCUCGCUCGACCCGACGCACGUCGGCGUCCGCUCGUCCCUGGCCAAGUCGGCGACGCUCAUGAUCAAUGAGCUCGUGCGGACGUACCCGAUGAUUGCCUUCCACGGCGCAUCCCAGCGCCUCGCCGUCGGCACACCCGAUGGCUUUGUCGUCAUGUACGACCUCAAGUCCGGCACACGCAUGUACGUGCUUGACGGGCAUAAGCGCGCCGUGACAGCGUGCACCUUCUCUCCCGACGGACGCCGCUUCCUGUCCAUGAGCCUGGAUGAACAGGUCGUCCUGCUCUGGCGGCUGCACGGCGGCUUCAUGGACAUGUUCCGCCCCACGUCAGCUACGACACAUACCUACCGCACGAUCGAGCUGCACCUCGGCGCGGCCGCACAGCUCUCGCCCAUCGAUACCCUCCGCCAUGUCUCGUUCGAGUGGCAUGACGAACACAGCGUGCGGCUUGGCAUUGGACACGCGCACGUGAAUGUGGGCGUCGUUUAG